CCGGACUCCCCUUGACCUCGGCGCCCAGGCGCGUGCCCACCAUGCCCGUGGUCGGCGUCCUCCUCUGGGCCACCCUGCUGACUCUGGGCUGGCGGGCCGCCCACGCCAAGGACCACGGCUUCGCCACCCCGAGGGUCCAGCUCUCCUUCAAAGAGCUGAAGGCGACGGGCACGGCGCACUUCUUCAACUUCCUCCUCAACUCCAGUGACUAUCGCAUCCUGCUGAAAGACGAGGACCACGACCGCAUGUACGUGGGCAGCAAGGACUACGUCCUCUCCCUGGACCUCCACGACAUCAACCGCGAGCCCCUCAUCAUCCACUGGCCCGCGUCCCAGCAGAGGAUCGAGGAGUGCAUCCUGUCGGGCAAGAACAGCAACGGGGAGUGCGGCAACUUCAUCCGCUUGAUCCAGCCCUGGAACCGGACCCACCUCUACGUGUGUGGCACCGGCGCCUACAACCCCAUCUGCGCCUUCGUCAACCGUGGGCGCAAAGCCCAGGGGUUUCCGCCGAGCCAGCCGGGAGGCCGGGAAAGCAGAUCCACCGACGGCCCCCUCAGCCCGAGACCAGCACAAAGCAAGGAUUAUAUCUUCUACCUGGAGCCAGACAAGCUGGAGUCGGGCAAGGGGAAGUGUUCCUACGACCCCAAAGUAGACACCGUCUCUGCCUUAAUAAAUGAAGAGCUCUACGCUGGUGUCUACAUCGACUUCAUGGGCACGGACGCAGCCAUCUUCCGCACCAUGGGCAAGCAGACGGCCAUGAGGACAGACCAGUACAAUUCACGCUGGCUCAACGACCCGGCCUUCGUCCGUGCCCAGCUCAUCCCCGACAGCAGCGAGAGGAAUGACGACAAGCUCUACUUCUUCUUCCGAGAGAAGUCAGCUGAUGCCCCGCUGAGCCCUGGGGUCUAUUCCCGGAUUGGGCGCAUCUGCCUGAACGACGACGGGGGCCACUGCUGCCUCGUGAACAAGUGGAGCACCUUCCUGAAGGCCCGGCUCGUCUGCUCCGUGCCAGGACCCGACGGGAUUGAAACACACUUCGACGAGCUCCAGGACGUCUUCAUCCAGCAGACUCAGGACACCAAGAACCCUGUUAUCUACGCCGUGUUCUCUGCUUCAGGGUCGGUCUUCAAGGGCUCUGCUGUGUGUGUCUACUCUAUGGCCGACAUCCGCAUGGUCUUCAACGGGCCCUUCGCGCACAAGGAGGGACCCAACUACCAGUGGAUGCCCUACACGGGCAAAAUGCCCUACCCCCGGCCGGGCACCUGCCCCGGGGGGACCUUCACCCCGUCCAUGAAGUCGACCAAGGACUACCCUGACGAAGUGAUCAACUUCAUGCGCGCGCACCCGCUGAUGUACCACGCCGUCUACCCCACCCACCGCCAGCCGCUGGUGGUCCGCACCAAUGUCAACUACCGCUUCACCACCGUGGCCGUCGACCAGGUGGACGCGGCAGACGGGCGCUAUGAGGUGCUUUUCCUGGGCACAGAUCGGGGCACCGUGCAGAAGGUCAUCGUGCUCCCCCGGGAUGACAUGGAGACGGAGGAGCUCAUGCUGGAGGAGAUCGAGGUGUUCAAGGUGCCGGCACCCAUCAAGACGAUGACCAUCUCCUCCAAGAGGCAACAGCUAUACGUGUCCUCGGCCGUAGGUGUGACCCACCUGGCCCUGCACCGCUGCGACGUGUACGGGGAAGCCUGUGCCGACUGCUGCCUGGCCCGGGACCCCUACUGCGCCUGGGACGGCAGCGCCUGCACCCGCUACUCCGCCUCCUCCAAGAGGCGGAGCCGGCGGCAGGACGUCCGGCACGGCAACCCCAUCCGCCAGUGCCGAGGCUACAACUCCAACGCUAACAAGAACGCGGUGGAGGCCGUGCAGUACGGGGUCGAGGGCAGCACUGCCUUCCUGGAGUGCCAGCCCCGCUCGCCCCAGGCCAGCAUCAAGUGGCUGCUGCAGAAGGACAACAGCGACCGGCGGAAAGAGCUGCGGGUGGAGGGCCGGGUGCUGCGGACGGAGCAGGGCUUGCUGCUGCGCGCCCUCCAGCUCGCCGACAGCGGCCUCUACUCCUGCACCGCCACCGAGAACAACUUCAAGCACACGGUGACCAAGGUGCAGCUCCGCGUCCUCAGCGGCCGCGCCGUCCACGCCGUGCUGGUCCAGACAGAGACCCCCCCCGGCCUGCCGGGUGCCCCCACUCCCCGCUACCAGGACCUGCUGCAGCUCCUCACCAAGCCCGAAAUGGGACUCCUGGACCAGUACUGCCAGGGCUACUGGCGUCACACGGCCGCCAGCCCCCCCCAGCCGCUGGCUGGCCUCAAAGCCAAGGAGCAGCAGGACCAGAAGAAGCCUCGAAACCGCCGGAAUCACCAGCCAGAGACCUACGGGCAUACAUGAAACCGUCAUCAGGGACUUUGCUAGCACAGUGGUCUAUUUUUCCCCCCUUUUAAUAUUAAAAAUAUCUAUAAAUAAAUAAAUAUAUAUAUAUACAUCCACGCACACACACACGCAGACACACGCGCUCCCCCCUCCCAUGGGAGACGGUAUUUAUUUGUAGGUUGUACAUAGUCACUGGGGCGAUGCAACUCCUGCCUCUCAGCCCCGGGGAGGAGCAGGGACCCCCAGGGCGGCCGCAGUCAGCAUCACUGUCUUCCCCACCACCCCAGGACCCCAGGAUCCUGCCAUGUGGGGACCACCAGGCACCGUGGCCGCUGUCUCCCCACAGCUGGGGCAGAGCACUGCACCAGGGGCCAGAGG